AUACCGUUAAGGCUAAAUUUAAAUCUACGUUUGUGUCGCACGUACGUGGAUACUCGAGGCACAUAGUACGCAACAUCUACUUGCAUACAUCGUUCCGAACAACGAUCCAUCCAGUCUAAAAUUACUGCUAAUUGAACGCCUUCUUGAGUCGUGACCUACCGUGCAUAAAGUGUUUAAUUAAUAAUCUUAUCGUACACCGUUCCAUUGCGCGAUUCCAACGAUUAAACAAAAAAAUAAACGCGCACGAGUGUAUAAAAUUAAAUCCAAACGCGCGUUGCGAAGACCUGUUGUGUUGAUUACUUGUAAUCUGUUACCUGUAAUCUCAUUACGUUUCGACCCCUGAUCGCGCACGGCAGACGAAUUCGAAUAAACGAAUAUACAUAUAUUUUUCUUACCAACUUAACGGAAAUUAGUCAAACGGACGUCAGAGUGUGUAAAUAAUACUAAUUACAAAAAAUUUAUACACUGAUAUCCAGACUGACGAUGGUUAUCGAUGUGCGCGAUAAGCCUAGAAUUUGAGAGUCCAAUUAAGCGCGGGGAACCGGAUCGCCAGUUUCUGUUACGAUUAGCUUAAGUUCUGUUGCUGUCGCGAGCGCGUGCGAAGGUGUAUCUCGCCAACCUGUUGCUAUAAAAUCGUGUAUCCGUGUUCGCUUUAUAAUGCGAAGAAGAAGGUCGAUUGUUCCGCGCUAUCGGAAAUAUUUGCGCCUCUACCUUUACAAACCGUUCUGGCGAAAUAGAUUGCACACGCUACUGGUUAUUUUAUUUAUCAUUUUUAUCAUUGUCUUUCUUCGUAUAUGGCUUCGCUCGGUAGGAGACAGGAUCCAACUCCCUUAUGAUGCAGAGCGAGAUGAUGAGCAAUGGGAAGAGGCGUACAUCGGAGUUCUGAAGCGGUGGUAUACUGGCAACGAGGAUGCAUGGUACAAUGGGAAAAACAUCACGCUCUCGGAUACAAAAAAUUGGGAACGAUACAUCGACCACGUGAGACAACAUUGGAUAUACGCGGCAUACGACCCGAAACGAAAAUACAAACUCAAGAAUCCACUGACGGCGGACACGUCGGCUGGCCAAGCCGACAUCAUACUUGAAACUUUCAACAACGCGAAAAAUGGCUUCUUCGUGGAGUGCGGUGCUUACGAUGGAGAAACCCGGAGCAACACGUUGGUGCUCGAACGAUUCUUCGGCUGGACCGGUCUCCUCAUCGAAGCGGAUCCGAUCAACUUCAGCAAAAUGGUGAGGAAGAACAGGAGGGCUCUUCUGUCGCCCAGCUGCCUUGCCGUUCAUCCAUAUCCCUCGGUGAAUACGUUCCUGAUGGCCGACAACGUUGGACGUCUUCACGAACCGAACGAGGAAGACCGACACCGGCAAAACUCUGCGGACGUAGCUUACACCGGGCAACACAUCAAGGUGCAAUGCAUUCCUUUUGCUCACUUGAUGGCCGCUCUUAACGUGACCGCCAUCGAUUACUUUAGCCUCGACAUCGAGGGAUCCGAGUUGGAAGUGUUGAAAACUAUUCCCUUCGACAAAAUAGACAUCACGGCUCUCUCGGUCGAAUUCUCGCAUAUAGAAUCGGAUGUAGAGGAGUUAAACCAGUUUAUGGACUCGAAAGGCUACAUCAUUUCCACUUCCCUUACGAGGGAAGAUCGUUUGGCCAACGAUAUAAUAUACGUGAAAAAGGAGGAAAACAGUAAUACGAAAACUUCAUCUACGGAUGUUUCACGCAAUAGACAUGAUUUCCUCGACGUUCUAAAGCGUUUAAGAAAUAGUUAGAAUUUCAUAAUAAAUUUUUGCGUACCGCGAAACACUUUAUAAUUUAUACUCGUGAGAAGUGAACGAAAAUCGAGUUUUAAAGCUGUUGGACCUUUGGUAUCACCGACACUGUUUUUCUUUCGAUUUUAUUUUAUAAAAUAUUUACAGGAACGUACAUUUUACAUAAGAAAAAUAAAGUGUUUCUCUGCGUGGUUACAUCGGCACUGACAGCGAUUCUCGAACGAACGAAAACGAACGUUAAUCGUCAACCAAGAACUUCGUGGAACUUCUACGAGCAUUGUAUUUGCAUGCGAUAAAUAAUGUAUGAUUGAAACGGGAGGCUGUCCAUUAGUUUUUAAACGAUACUGGAAUGAUAACUAACGGUUAAAGCUAAACGAAUUUGCUAUUUAUUGCCACGUCAUGAGCAAUAAAGUUGUUUGCGACCAUCCGCGACGGCUCUAACAAAAAUGUCUACUAUAAGUUCUUUUACGAUUAAAUAAAUAACUCUCUAUUAAAUAAA